GAGUUUGACAGUAACAGACCUUACUCUGCUGACUAAUUUGGACAACUAAUUUGUGAUUUUCAGCUAUAUAAGAUACUUUGACAUAUUUAAAUGACUAUAAUUAAAUUUUCCAUAUUCAUGCCGCUUUUUAACAUCGUAUAUAUUUGUUAUAACAUCUGGAUGUUUACAUUUUCAGUGUAGGUGGUGGAACUUUCUGCAUCAUUAGUGUUGCGUUGUAGACAUUUGGGCGCGUAUCGCGCAAACGUUCAACAAGUUAUCCAAAUCUUUUUUGGCACCAUAUCAUUCAAUGAUGUCACAUCCGUUCUGAAAGACUCGAUCUCACGUCGGUUUGUCAGUAUCAGCUGGAUGCUGAAUCCUCACGCGCGUGCGGUCGUAACUUUGGGUAGCGCGCGCUCGAUAUUGGCUGCACGCGGGAGCUGGCGCAGCGGAGUAUCAGGGUAAUGAUUGUGGAUCUAUCCGCCCUGUUCGGUUCGGGCACCACCUCCCACACCGAGAACGUGAUAUUAAGGGCAGAAAAGUGCAACGGAAACGGGACAGAAUGCAUUCUCUUUUCGGUCUACUGAAUCCUCUGCUUUUCCUAAUUCUCUCCGGACUGUAUCCGUCAAUGACGAUCGGUCCAAAGGAGGGAUGGCAGGUGUACAGUUCAGCACAGGAUGCAGACGGGCGCUGCAUCUGCACUGUGGUUGCACCCGAACAAAACCUCUGCUCCAGGGACGCCAAGAGCAGACAGCUUCGACAGCUACUGGAGAAGGUGCAGAACAUGUCGCAAUCUAUUGAAGUUCUGAAUCUCCGGACACAGCGAGAUUUCCAGUAUGUCAUGAAAAUGGAAAAUCAGAUGAAAGGGUUACGGACCAAAUUCCGGCAAAUCGAAGAGGACAGGAAAACCAUAAUGGCUAGAAACUUUAAGGAGCUGAAGGACCACAUGGAUGAACUCCAGCCAUUGAUUCCAGUGCUAGAGCAGUACAAAACAGACGCCAAACUGAUCUUGCAGUUCAAAGAGGAAAUCAGAAAUCUGUCUGUGGUGCUAACAGGCAUCCAGGAGGAGUUGGGUGCCUACGACUAUGAGCAGCUCUACCAGAGAGUCAUCAGUCUGGACAGCCGCCUGCGAAAUUGCAUGAGCAAACUCACAUGUGGAAAAUUAAUGAAAAUCACCGGCCCUGUAACCAUCAAGACAUCCGGCACCCGAUUUGGCGCAUGGAUGACUGACCCACUUGCUUCAUCGCGAAACAACAGGGUUUGGUACAUGGACACCUACACAAACAGCAAAGUGGUCAGGGAGUACAAAAACAGUGAUGAUUUUGUCUCCGGGUUGGAGUCGCGAACCUAUUACCUUCCCUUCAAAUGGGCUGGAACCAACCACGUGGUGUACAACGGUUCCUUAUAUUACAACAAAGAACAGAGCAACAUCAUCGUCAAGUACAGCUUCGAGACCGGACGGGUUCUCGCUCAACGCGCCCUGGAAUACGCCGGCUUCCAUAACGUCUACCCCUACACCUGGGGCGGCUUCUCGGACAUCGAUCUGAUGGCCGACGAGCUGGGUUUGUGGGCCGUGUACGCCACUAAUCAGAAUGCGGGGAAUAUUGUCAUUUCUCAGCUGGAACCCGAAACGCUCGAGGUUCUCCAGACGUGGAACACGGAAUACUCCAAAAGGAACGCCGGUGAGUCCUUCAUGAUCUGCGGAACGCUUUACAUCACCAACUCCCACCUGACUGGAGCCAAGGUGUAUUAUUCUUACAAUACAAAGACCUCCACGUAUGAGUACAUAGACAUACCGUUUCACAAUCAGUACUUUCACAUCUCCAUGCUUGAUUACAACGCUCGAGAGCGAGCACUGUACGCUUGGAACAAUGGACACCAAGUCAUAUUCAACGUUACGCUUUUUCACGUCAUCAAAACCGAAGAUGAUUCAUAAUGGACUGUUUAAAUUUAUGCUAUUUUGUACUCAUUAAUGGAUCUUCUCUAAAAGCAAUUGAAACAUGGAUUUUACUAAUCGUAACUUUGUCACAGACAUGAGCAUCACUCGGCGACUUGAUGAUGAAUUUUCAUCACAAUUCGAACAAUUGUGAACGUUCUCAUAACUGCUCUUACUAGGCCUUACUUGCAAUAUUUCACUACAUCAGCCACAGACCGAUUGCUCUUCUGCAUGAAUGUCUGUUUGUUAUAAAGUUACAAUAUGUGGUCUUUGUUCCUUUUGGUUUUAUUGGUUUAGUGACGUAAAGAAUUUAGAUUUUCCAGCCCCGUCUGAUAAUCUCGCACUUUGUCAUGUUUAGUUGUACGAACCGUAGAGAUCUGAAUAUGAAUCUGUGUAAACAACUGUAACCUUCAUUGUCACUGUGAGAAGAUAUGUUUUAUAUUAAAUCUAGAACAAAACAA